ACCUGCAGGUUUACUGUUGCAUUGGGCGGCCAUUACUGGGCUCAACAUCAGGCCUGCUGGUCUCUACUGGACCUCUUUGGACCUGAAGCAUCCAGAGAUUUAACAUUCAGGAUGAAACUGAAAUGGAUGUGUUGAACCGUCCUACCGACGUUUAAAAGAAGUGGUACCCUCCUGCUCUAUAUGUGUGGAGCCUGUUUAUGGCUUCUAAGAAGAAGCAGAAAGGAAUGGUGUUCCAUCAGGACGGGGCCACCGGCCCUGCAGUCGCACCUGCUGCCGAUCAUCCAGCUGAAAGCUUCGCUGUUCCCAAACCAGGGAAUGCAAGCGAAGGUGGGAUGGAAGAAUACACCAGUCUAACCAAAGAAGAGGCCGAUAUGAUGGGUAAACCCAACAGGUACCCAUCAAAAGAACCCAUCAUGACUUCUGAUGGACUUCCUACUCGGAAACAUGCUGCCGGUUCAAACCCUCAGUCGGACAACUUGUCACCUGACAGCACCUGCAAAGGCAUCAAAGUGACGCUGGACAACAACAGCAUGUGGAACGAGUUUUUUAGAUGCAAAACAGAGAUGAUUGUGACGAAACAGGGAAGCAGGAUGUUCCCCUACUGUCGUUUUCGCAUCUCCGGCUUGCAGCCGUCCAGGAAGUACUUUUUGUUCAUGGACAUUCAGCCGUUGGACAACAGUCGGCACAAGUGGACCGGCAAGAGCUGGCAGGUUGCUGGAAAGGCAGAGUGUCACGUAAAGAGUCAACCCUUCACUCAUCCAGAGUCGCCAUCAACUGGUCAACACUGGAUGCAGAAUCCAGUGUCCUUUUACAAACUGAAGCUCACGAACAGCAUCUCGGAUCAAGACGGGAACGCCGUCCUGCAUCCCAUGCACCGCUACUUGCCGCGACUGCACGUGGUCCAAACUGACAAAGCUGCUAAAGACAUAAAUCUGAACCAUCCCAGUGUUGUCACGUUCACUUUCCACCAGACGGAGUUCAUAGCAGUCACUGCUUACUUGAAUUCCCGGUUCUCUCAGCUCAAAGUCGACUGCAACCCGUUUGCUAAAGGGUUGAAGGAGGAGGGCUCUGCUUCCUGUGGCCUAAAGCUCAAAUUGAUUUAUGGCAAAGACGGAGGCACAAUGGCCAACGAGCAACAUCCGGUGAAGAAGAGCUUGAAGUCUUUGCUCGCAAACCAUAAACCUAGAAGCUCCAAAGCUGUGGACACAAAGCCUUCGGGGUCAGGUGACCUGCAGAAGUACUCCGCUCUGAACAAAGACCAAUCCACUGCCAAGUUCUCUGGGGAAAGUUUGUGUAAUUCACGUCCAGCUCAGAAGCUAUUCUCUGAACUCAUUCGGGAGGCUCACGUCUCACUGCAUCGAUGCAACCUGGACAAGCUGGGAAUCGAUAAAGGACCUGAGCAAAGCAACCUAAAAAGCACCGCUUUGAAAAGUAACGAACAAGAUGAUCCCAGAAGGAAACAAAAAAUAGAGGAAACUGUUCCAAAGAGCAAAGUCAGGGACAAUAAGGACUCUUUGAAUUUAUUAAACUCCAAAGACAAUGUCAGGACGGAUUGUUCUCAAAUCAGUGAUGAUGUAGCUGCUCCUGCAGGGUCCCAGUUCUCAUCUAUGGACUCAGACAACCAACAUAAGCCUCAAGCUCCAUCAGAGGUGAAGGCGAAGCAGCAGAAACGGCCUCUGCCUCUGCCGGCCCUCGCUCUGUUUCUGAAGCAGCAUUCAUCAAAAUCUAUAAUGGCCAAGAAGAAACUGGACUCUCCUUUGCCGGCACUCCCAUCUGAGUGUCUGUCUGAUUCACAGAGUCCUCCUGCCGCUCCUGAAUGUCGACCUUCUGAUCGCGGCAACAAAGCAACUCAUCCCCCGAAGGACCUCGAAGGUGAUAUCACAAAGUCCCAAACCCUGGCCUCUGGACCAACUGGGGCACCACUUCAUCCAGAUGAAGUAGUUUUGAAUGUAACAGGACCAGCAGCUGAAACUGCCCGUAAGACUUCCAGUCCAGAUGCUGUCUCCACUACAGACCCAGAAGGACUAGGACUGGAUCAUUUCUUGACUUGUGAUUCAGUUGCUGAGAGCAUAAGCCCAGAGCUGGCGGUACCAGAUGGUACGACAGUGUUACCCCACUCGGAUCAGUCGUUGUGUAUCCUUGGCACCUCUUUAUCCAACGGUCCCUCGUCUCUAGCCGUGUCUCCCAUUUCAUUGUCACCAUUCAACACAGUGUUACCUGCUCCAAACUACACACUACCUUCAGACUCACCGAGGUCUGACUCUCUGCUCCUGGACCCUGAGUGUUCCUCGUUUGGCUUUGAGCCUUUGUCUCCUGCCAGCUCUCCUGAGCCGUUAACUUACCUUCCUUUGUCGUUCGCUCUAGAGCUCGACACCACUCCAUCUGAAUCAACUCCACACGCAGUAUCUCCUGAAGAGUUGCAGCCCAGUGAAGAUUUGUCUGUGUUCAAAUGGCACACAGUGUUACCUCCACCCGAGCCGUACGUAGACCCUUCAUUCACAACAUUUCAGCCCGUACCACAGAAUCUUCCUUUAGAUUCUGUGACGUCCCCUCUGCUGCCUCUCCAGGCUCUAUCUCCCUCUGAACCACAGACUCUUGACCCCUCCACACCACCCCCUGAUCCGGUUCCAUCAUUUCAAGACAAUGAACCACCGCUGCUGCCCUUCCCUGCUGAACUGUCCCCCCUCGCGCUCCAGAUGGCGCUGUCUCCGACCUUUUCUUCAUUGGACGGAGACGGAUUGUCCCCCACACCUUCAAUUGCCGACCUCGUGCACUUUUUCUCCACCAAUGAUGAUCUUGGGAUGGGGGUGGAGUUUUCAAACACAGAUGUGGUGGCUGUUCCCUGUCCACCUGUUCCAAGUACAGUAGAAGCCGAUGCACAGGAGCCUUCACAGCAGGGGGCACUAAUCGCAGCCAACAAACCUUGCAGGUACAAGAAGUCCCGGCGGCGAAAGCUUGCCGAUCAGGAGGAAAAGAAGAUGGCUGCCUCCACCUACACAACAAUGCAGCCCAACCUGGAGGAAGUGGAGGAGCAGUUAUUUAUCUCAUUCACAUCAAAGGAGGCCCUCAGACUUCACAUGGUGGACUUCUGUGAUGGACCGGCCUCACAGCCUCAGCCGACACCUGAAGGUCACCUGCAGCAGACACCUGACAACGAGACGGCAGAGGAGAAGCCGAUCGCUGCCUGUGAGAAGGUUUUUCUGAGAGACUUGAAGCAGAUGAGACACGGACAGGUGAUCCACCCGGUGCUGCAGGAAGUUGGUCUGAAGAUGAACCUUCUGGAUCCGACUCUGGCCAUAGACCUGCAGUACCUGGGAGUCCGCCUGCCCAUCCCUCGUCCUGGAGUUCCUCUGGAGCCGCUGCCACCGGAGGUGCCUCCCACUCAAGGUGCUUCUGCAGCGUUUGUGUCCAGAACAGGGAAAACCACAGAUGUGACUCAGAUCAAAGGAUGGAGAGAGAAAUUCUCUCCAUCGGAGGCUGCUGCGUCCACGCCGACACCAGCCAACCCUGAAGCCGGUCCCAGUUCCGAUCCGCCAAAGAAGAACCUGUCUGCGUUCUGCAGCGACAUGCUGGACGAGUAUCUGGAGAACGAAGGGAAGCUGAUCGACCAGCGAGCCUCCAGUUUCACACAGCCACUUGUGGUGCCGGUGGUCUACGAGCUACCCACCAAGAGCACCAGCUACGUCCGUACCCUGGACAGAGUCCUGAAGAAGCAGCCUGCCAGCUCGCCCACCUCAGACCUCAUCUCUGGAUUUAUCCCCCCCUCCAAGAGACCCAAACUCGCCCUUGGAGAGAACAAAACAUUCAGGAGGCAGAGGGGUUUGAAACUCAUUAAACCCAGAGCAGGACCAUCUCCAGCAUCUGCACUCAGUCCAAUCCUUACACCACCUUCAGUCCAGAACCCGGAGAACACAUCUGGCGUCACUGAGCCUCAUAAAUCAAAGAAACACCAGCUGAAAGACCAAUUGGACCCCACAGAACCACUAACUCCAUCUACUCCACACAAGAAGAGGAGGAAGCUCAAACCCAAGACCUCGUCUCAGACCCUCAGCCCCGUCAAGCCCCCGCCCCCCCCGUCCGAUGUCUCGCAGGACAUUGCUCCGCUAGAGUCUGACUCUGAGCUGGAGAUGAUCCGUCAGAGCAAGAAGGACAGGGGACCCAUGAUCACCCGAUCUCUGCUGAGACAGAAGGACCUGGAGGACGGGGUGUUGUGGGAGGGUCUACCCCGGACCAGCAUCACGGAGGAGAGGGCCACCAUUGCUCUGACGUCACUCUUCACACUGAAGGGCUUCGUCAGAGAGAACCCCACCGCCCCCAUCCAGCUGGUCCAGAGGGAGCCCCCCCCCUGCCUGAAUGACUUCUGCAGACUGGGCUGCGUCUGCUCCAGCCUGUCCCACUGCUCCAGGAUCAGCCACUGCGGCCGGUCGGCCUGCAUGUUCGGCUGCAGCUGCCUGAAACAGAAGGUGGUCCUCCUCAAGAACCUGGACGGCUCCGACUCCAGCCCCUCCCAGCAUGGACGCACCAAGAAGGGGAGGAGGAGGAGGAGGAGGAGGAUGAAGAUGGCCUACGUCCUGAAGGAGGCGGACAGCGUUUCCCAGCCUGCCGAGCGGGUCCGGACUCUGUGGAAGAGGGGCGCUGAAGACUCAGACCCAGAGCUGGUCCUGGUACCUGAACCUGCAGCCCUGUCCACCCCCUCUACGAGACGAGAGGAUGACAGCAGCUGUGCCAGAGUCCGACUUUAUGUCGGGAAGAAGAAGAAGAGGAGGAGGACGAGGAAGGAUCAGCCGAAGAGUUGUGAACAUCCAGCGGAGACAUCCAAUGAGCUGAAGCCUUCGAGGCAGAAGCUCACAAAGACCAAACCCUGCAGUCCUCCAGCAGCAGGUGAUCCGGUUCAGCCCGCCCCCCCCGACGGGCCGCCGAAGCCGAAGCCGUCGAAGCGCCUGACCAUCAUGGCCGAGUGCAAGUGGGUGAACGAUGGAGACCGGAACCUAGUCCUGAAGAAGCUGUGCGAGGCCAUGGCCCAGAACCGGCUGGACAAACCCUUCUGGAUCAAAGGCUAUCUGGUCAGUCCCGUCAGCCAGACCUUGGAGGAGGGAGCCACCGAGCACUGCAUCCACUACAAGAUGCACAUCUCCAGACCCAGACUGGAGCGGGAGAAACCAGAGAAACCAGAGAGACCACUGAGACCACUGAGACCACUGAGACCAAAGAAACCAGAGAAACCAGUGAGACCAGAGAAACCAGAGAAACCAGAGAGACGUCAAAGACUCAGGAGACGGAGGGAACAGGAACCCCUGAAACAGGUGGUCGUGGAGGAGGAGCCUCCUGAAGAGUGGCAGCGGGAGGUGGAGGAGGAGGAGCCGGCGCCUCCUGAGGAUUGGCAGCGAGAGGUGGAGGAAGGUGACAUCGAGGAGGAGGUAGAGGAGGAGAUAAAGGUAGUAUCAAAGAGGAAGAUGAUGGUCAGCAUGGCGCUGCCCUUCCUGACGGGAGUCUCUCCAGCUGGUUUCCUCUCAGCCAAUAGGAAGCAGCCGGGAGGACCAGACCACCUGGUCCAGGUCAACGGGAAGCUCUACCCUCUGGCUAAGAUCCAGCUGGGGAAGAUGGGGGCGCUCCAUCCAGCCAAUCGGUUGGCAGCGUACCUGACGGGCCGGGUGGGCACCAGGAAGCCCCCCGGCUCCUCUAGUCCAGGACCCACCGCCCCCCCACCCAGACCUCAGCCGUCAGUCACAAUGCCCCCCCACCCCACAGCAGUGAAGGUCGACCAAUCGGCUACCUCCUCUCAGUGGUCACCUGAGGGGGCGGGGACCCAGACGGUCACCAUUCGGGUGUUUCCAGGUCUGAAGGGAGGUGGCAGUCAGGUCAGAGUGGUACCUGCAGCUUCUGCUAGCUCUGCCCCCAUUUCAGACUCUCAGGUGAGCAGCUCUGCGGCCUCACCUGUAAAACCAGCUCCUAAAGGCUCCCCGGCUCCUCCCAGGAACCUCCCUCCCCCCUCCUCCAUCAGUCAGAGGAUGGUCCUGCAGCCGGUCCAGUCGAAGUCCGGCGUCCAGUGCUAUCGCAGACCAGAUGGCAAACUGGUCCAACUGGUCCCCAUCAGCCAGCUGAGAACAGCCAACCAGAACCAAUCUGUCCAGAGAGUCCUCUCUGCUGCAUCCCUUCAGACUCCACCAACCACAGUGACCUCCUCCUCCCCGCUCCGCCUGGGCUCCGGGGCUCAGACCGGGUCCUGCAGGAUCUCCUCCAGCAGGACUCCGGUCAUCGUGUCGAGUCCCAACGCUCUCUCUACCCUCCUCCAGCCUCACCCCCCCGCCGCUCCAUCCACAGGCGAGGGGGCUGAGCUCGGGAUCAAAGCGGGUCCUGGUGGGGUGCUAGUCCAGACCCCCGCAGGGGACGGACCCCCACCGGAGCCGGCCAGCAACCUGCUGGACCUGGACAUAAUCUGUGUGGACGACGAGGCGGAGUGGGGGGGCGGGGCCAAUCAGACGAUGGAGGGGGAGGAUUCAAAGAGCGCGAGCAGCGACACGGACACGUCGACGGGGACGAGCAGCGACACGGACAAGUUGACGGGGACGAGCAGCGACACGGACAACUCGUCAGACUUUGGAGACGAGCUGGAGAACGGAGAAGACACCAAAGAGAUGGUCGACAAGCACCGUCACAUCCACAACGCUCUGGAGAAGCAGCGGCGUGUGAAGUUGCUCCAGCUGUUCAACGGUCUGAGGAGAGAAGUCGGUCUGAGGGAGGGGACGACCUCCAAGAUCUUCACGCUGAAUAAGGCGGUGCAGGUGAUCCAGAACCUGAGGACGACCCACUCCCAUCUGAAGAAGAAGAAGAGGAGGCUGACGAAGAGGAGGGACGCGUUCCUCACUUUCAUUGCUCCACCGUCGGAGGCAGCGGGGACGGGAUGCAGAGACUCAGACCUGAUGGAGGAUCUGUUGGACCAGAUGGAGGACUCGCCUGACGAGGAGGGACUCGUUACCACGGCAGAGGAACCGGAGAAGAAACUGGUGGAGGAACCGGUGAGGGAACUGGUGAGGGAACCGGUGGAGGAACUAGUGGAGGAACUAGUGGAGAGGAUGGACCAGCCGGCGAGGAUUCCCAGAGACCUGGACUCUGCGGGGUGUCUGAGUGAGGAGGCUCUGGGCCGAGCCUUCAGAGCGCUGCGUUCAGUCAUCAACGUCAAACACUCCUCAAAGAGAGUCCUGCUGGACCAGGCCCAUCAGGAGAUCCAGAAGCUUCAGAAUAAGUCAACAACCCUGAAGAGUCUGAAGAUCUGUCUGAAGCAGCAGAGAGACGUCUUCAUCAGAAACCUCUCCAUCCAAUCAGGUACGAGUCAGCAGAGAAUCCUCACUGAGCUGCAGCACCAGUCUGCCACACAGAAGGAAAGACACGAAACAGCCAAUCAGCUGCAAACAGCAGGGGGCGGGGCCUCAGAUCCUCCAGCAGGGGGCUCAACUGAAGACAUCAUCAUGGCUCCUCCCAUCGCUCUACGUGUUCUGCCGCCUCAGAACGUCCUGCAAGUGUCCGUCCAGGCUCCUCCUCCUGCAUCCCACAAUGCAUCAGUGGCGAGGGACAGGCCCAGGACGAUACCCAACAUCCUGUCCCGCAGUAGGACUCCGUCGUCGUCCUUUAAGAAUCUGGGGGCUGCCGAGGUCCUAUCGUUGGUGCUUGCUGCGUUGCCGAGGAAACCAGUCCUGACCGUGAGCCCGGUGCCUCCAGCAGGCAUCACCACAGUCACUCUCAACCUGCCUAGUCUGACCCACCAGCAGAUCCACCUCACCUCACUGCCCCGCCCCACUAUCACAGCUGGAAACUUCAACAACCUGCUGCAGCUCGUUCAACCAUUAAGUACACAACAAACCCAACCACAACAACUACUACAACCACAACAACUACUACAACAACAAAUACUACAACCACAACCACUAUUACAACAAAUACUACAACCACAACAACAAAUACUACAACACAUACAACAAACACAACCAGAACAACAACAAAUACUACAACAAAUGCAACAACAAAUACUACAACAACCACAACAACAAAUGCUACAACAACAUCAAAAACAACAACACAUAUUGCAACAAAUACUACAACAACGACAACAACAACAACAAAUACUACAACCACAUCAACAAAUACUACAACCACAUCAACAACAAAUACUACAACAGACACAACAACAACAAAUACAACAACAGAUGAUACAACAUAUACAACAACAAAUACUACAACAACCUCAACAACUAAUACAACAACAACAAAUACUACAACCACAACAUAUACAACAAAUACAACAACAACAAAUACUACAAUCACAACAACAGAUACAACGACCACAACAACCAGCACCACCAGCUCUUCUCCAGCAGCAGCAGCAGCAGCUUCCAACUCGGCCGUCCCUCCUGAUCUCUGCUGAUUCAGACCAGGUCAGAGACCAGGACCAGGUCAGAGACCUGGACCCGCCUGGCGGUGGGGCCGCGGUGCCAGUAGAGGGGCCUCUCGACGAGAGUCUGACCUCCAUCCUCAACGAGAUCGUGUUCCUCAACCAGCAGACCGUCACCUCGCCGGAGAACCCUGAGGAUGCGCUAGUGGGCGGAGCCACGGAGCAGGAACACGCCCACAAACCUUGGCUCUUGGAACUGGACUCGGACUCUGACGACCUAACAGACUCAACACUGUCGCAGCUCAUUGGGAACACUCAUGUCUUAGCUCCGCCCCCUCUGCUUCAGAUGAAGGUGGGCGGAGUCAAAGCGGCAGACCCCCCCAGCAGCGACGUAGCAGCAGGAGGGGAAGAGGGGGGCCGGAGACGGGGGGGCGUGGCCUGGAGGCCCAUGCCGAGGCUAGUUCCCCUGGGGCUGAGAGGAAACCCCCCCAGCUGACCUCACUGAUGAUGUCAUCGAUCAGACCUUGUGUGUGAUUGGCUGUUUGAGUUAGUCUGUUCUUCUGGUGAAACAGGAAAACUCCCGAGGUGUGUUUGUGUGUGUGUGGAUCACUGAAGACAAGAAAGAGAAACAUUUUAUAUCAAAGUCGUACUACAGGGACUCGUCUAGACCUGCUGGAGGUCAGGACCAUGACCCACUGUGUGACAUGAAGCUGCUCUUCUUUACUUUGUUUAGUUUUUGUACAUUGAAGAACUUUGUAAAUACAUGACAUCACCUUAUCAAUAAAGAUUAAAGACUGAA